AUGAUUGAACUACCCCGAAUAACAAGAGCUUUAAGAGCUCACACCCAACUAGAUAAGCCAAGAUGUUUAAAACCUACUGGAACCUAUCAAACAGUGUUCACUUUUACCAAUAACAUACAAAAAUUUAAAUCAUAUUUGGAUAUUUAUAACUACAUAAAGGAAAAUGAAUUAAACCCAGAAGAAAUCUUAUCGCUACUAAAAAAGCUAAAGGAAGCUUGUAAACAGUUGACGGGUGAUGAAAGUGAUAAUGUAGUGGAAGAUGCAGCGGUCCUCACACUAAGAAUGUUCCUGGACCAAGAUAUUGUGAUGUUAAAGCAUUUGUCUCAGCUCCGUCAGACAUUUGGCAAUGUUCAGUCGUCAACUGCCAAUAAGAUUUGUGAGAUAGUUACAGAAAUAUCUAGCUAUAUCAAUGAAGAAACACAAGAGUUUAUAAAAAAAGAAAUGGCUGAGACAAAGCAGUAUCAAAAAAUGUGGGGUGAAAACAUACAAUGUUUAUGCAUUCCAUAUAAGCCGGUAAAGAAGAAACUAGCAAAAUUAACUAGUAAACCAGCGACAGAUAGUUCAUUUGUGAAUGAUUUUACUAUGAAAUAUAGUGCUACUAGCAGUAAGAGUAAUAAUAUUACAAGUAGUAAGCCUCGGCAAGAGCCAAAGUUUGGUAAAACCUGGUUAGAAACGAAAGUAAGAGAACUGUAUGAGAAUUCUAGUGGUAUGUCGAGCGCCGAUGCUUUACAAUCAAUCAUUACAUUCUUGAAUUCUCCACGAUCCAAUGAUGAGAUGCAAAAUGAUCUCUUUGAACUCUUGGGGUUUGAUAAGUUUGAGUUCAUACAGGAAAUACUGGAACACCGUCAGGAUAUAACAGAUAGUUUGAAAUCACCACCAGCUCAACCUAGUAUUGCAGAAAUGGCUGCCCUGCUUCCUGAGAAUAAAAUGCCCCAAUACUUGUGCCAAGUGUCAGUCAGAUCAGAGCAGGAGAAACUCCUUGCAAAAUUGGUGAGAAAGGGCGAAAAGAAAACUAAGAGUAAUAAAAAGGUUGAUGAUGAUGAUGAAGAACAAGAAAUAAAUGUUGCUCAACUGAGAGCUAAACGAUUAGCUGAAUUAACAAAACCAGUGGUGCCAUUCUCCAGCUCUAAAAGCAAUGUGGACCCCGUUCUGCAAAAGAUAUCCUACUUCCAAACAAAAGUUCAAUAUCCAAAUGUCUAUGAUUCUUCCAUUAAUGCAAAAAAUUCUGCAGGUUUCGUCUCUGGUAUGAAACUCUUACUACCUGAAAAUGCAGUACGCAAGGAUCUUAAAGAGUACGAAGAAGUGAUCAUACCAAAAACCGAGGCAGGUCCCUUGGAAAUUGGCAGUAAAAGAGUACCCAUAUCCGCUAUGGACGAAGUAGGUCAAAUGGCGUUCGAAAAUAUAAAGGAAUUGAAUAGAAUACAGUCUGUAGUGUUUAAUACAGCGUAUAAUACAAACGAAAAUCUCCUUAUCUGUGCACCAACUGGGGCGGGAAAAACUAAUAUCGCAUUGCUCACUGUUGUACACCAAAUUAAACAAUACAUUGAGAAUAAUGUUAUUAUGAAGAAUAAGUUUAAGAUAAUCUACAUAGCACCAAUGAAAGCCUUAGCGUCAGAAAUGACAGCCAGCUUCGGCAAACGUUUACUCGGGCUUGGUAUAAGCGUCCGUGAAUUAACUGGAGAUAUGAAGCUAACGAAGACCGAAGUACAGCAGACGCAAAUGAUCGUUACGACUCCAGAGAAAUGGGACGUUGUUACUAGGAAGGGAGCGUCUGAUACCGAACUAGCGUCCAUAGUAAAGCUGUUAAUCAUAGACGAAGUGCAUCUACUGCAUGGAGAUCGGGGGCCUAUAGUGGAAGCGAUCGUUGCGCGUACGCUGCGACAAGUCGAGUCCUCUCAGAACAUGAUACGGAUUGUGGGCCUGUCAGCCACACUGCCCAAUUAUUUGGAUGUUGCCAGGUUCUUACGUGUAAACCCGAAUAUCGGUCUAUUCUAUUUCGACUCCCGUUUCCGUCCCGUGCCAUUGGAACAGCAGUUUAUUGGUGUCAAAGAAAUUGGUAGUGGCGGUGGGGCACACUUGCGUCAGAUGCAACAAAUGAACGAAAUAUGCUACGACAAAGCGGUGGAUAUGGUACAAAAAGGACAUCAAGUGAUGGUGUUCGUUCACGCCAGAAACGCGACUCACCAGACCGCCAUGAUCCUGAAAGAAUUAGCACAAAAGAAAGGCCACUUGAAACACUUUGAACCGGAAGAUUCUGGGGGUUUUCUGAAAGCAAAAAAAUCUAUCGGCAGUAGUCCAAACAAGCAAUUAGCGGAAUUGUUCGCAUCUGGUUUUGCCUGUCACCAUGCUGGAAUGUUAAGAAGUGACAGAAACAUGGUUGAGAAAUACUUUUCUGAAGGCUACAUCAAAGUAUUGGUUUGCACAUCAACUUUGGCUUGGGGUGUAAAUUUACCUGCUCACGCUGUUAUUAUAAGGGGUACAGAAAUCUACGACCAAAGCCACGGUACAUUUGUCGAUCUGAGUAUACUAGAUGUGCUCCAGAUUUUCGGGCGCGCUGGUCGUCCACAGUUUGACAGUUCUGGUACCGGGAUCAUUAUCACGACGCACGAUAAACUAUCGCAUUAUCUUAAAUCCAUGACCAAUCAGUUUCCUAUUGAGAGUAACUUUAUUAAUUUACUCGCGGAUAAUUUGAACGCAGAGGUUGCACUCGGCACAGUCACAAAUAUCGACGAAGCAGUAGAAUGGCUUAGCUACACAUACCUUUUUGUGCGUAUGCGCAUCAAUCCACAGGUCUAUGGUUUGACAUACAGUGACGUACAAGAAGAACCUAUGUUAGAAACAAAACGGCGCCAACUUAUAACUAGUGCGGCUAUGCAAUUAGACAAAACUCAUAUGCUAAGAUACAAUGAACGCACUGGAGACUUAAAUGUUACUGAUCUUGGAAGAACAGCUAGCCAUUACUACAUUACUUGUGAGACAAUGGAAGUAUUCAACUCUAUGGUACGCAAAUCCAUGACGCAGGGUUACGUUUUGGAAAUGUUGACAAGGUGUUCUGACUUCCAGCAAUUAAAAGUACGUAAAGAAGAGCUGACAGAAUUGUGGAAUUUGAAAGAUCAAUACUGCGAGUUGCAUAUAGAAGACCCACCGGAAGAUAUACAUUGGAAGAUCAAUAUAUUACUUCAGACCUUCCUCUCUAGAGGGCGUGUUAAUCAAUCAUCUUUGCAAUCCGAUUUGAACUAUAUUAGUCAGAAUGCAGUGCGAAUAGUACGAGCGCUUUUCGAAAUAACGCUACGCAAAAACAACGCGUAUAUGGCGGGGCUUUAUUUAAAAAUGGCAAAAAUGCUCGAACUACAACAAUGGGACUUCUACAGUGACAUGAGACAGUUCAACUGUUUCCCAAUAGAGGUGUUGAAACGAAUUGAAUAUCCAAUGCUGAAACCGGACCAGAUAAGGGACAUGGACUGGAAAGAAGUCGGUGAUCUCUUACGAAAUCCGAAGGCAGCUCGCCACUUGAAGAAGUGUGCGGACGAAUUCCCUUUACUAGAAAUGGAAGCAAGCCUUCAUCCUAUAACAAGAACAGUUCUACGGAUACGACUUACAAUUACACCUAAUUUCAGAUGGAACGAAAAAUAUCAUGGAAAGGCACCAGAAGCCUUUUGGAUAUGGGUAGAAGAUCCAGAAACAGAUAUUAUGUAUUAUCAUGAAUAUUUCCUUAUCACCAAGAAACAGGUAAUAACAAUGGAGCCUCAAGAGUUAAUAAUAACGAUACCUAUAUCCGAACCGCUGCCCCCUCAGUACUACGUGAGAGCAACAUCCGAGAGGUGGUUAGGCUCGGAGAGUGUUCUUGCUUUAACGUUCCAACAUCUUAUUCUGCCAGAGACACAUCCACCACAUACAGACCUUCUAGAACUUCAGCCACUUCCAGUGACGGCUCUUAAUGAACCAUCGUACGAAAUGCUGUACAACUUUACCCACUUCAACCCCAUACAGACGCAGAUAUUCCAUUGCCUUUAUCACACUGAUAAUAACGUACUCCUGGGAGCACCUACGGGUUCAGGAAAAACGAUUGUCGCCGAAAUAGCGAUGUUUAGAGUGUUUAAUCAAUACCCAGGAUGUAAAGUUGUUUACAUUGCUCCACUGAAAGCACUUGUCAAGGAGAGAAUAAAAGAUUGGAAGGUCAGACUUGAAGAACGACUUGGGAAAAAUGUUGUCGAAUUAACAGGUGACGUCUCCCCCGAUAUAAGAGCUAUAAGGAAGUCCCAAGUUAUAGUGACGACCCCAGAAAAAUGGGACGGUAUUAGUCGUUCCUGGCAAACUAGGAACUACGUACAGGACGUCGCCCUUAUAGUGAUAGACGAGAUACAUUUGCUCGGCGAAGAUAGAGGGCCGGUACUCGAAGUUAUUGUGUCAAGAACUAAUUUUAUAGAAUCGCACACAUCUAGGCGCUUGCGCAUAAUAGGUCUAUCGACAGCUUUAGCCAACGCUAAGGAUCUGGCAAACUGGCUUAAUAUCGGAGAGAUGGGACUUUAUAACUUUAGACCGUCAGUACGGCCCGUGCCUUUAGAGGUACACAUUUCUGGUCAUCCCGGACGUCACUACUGUCCGCGCAUGAUGACUAUGAACAAACCGACGUUCCAAGCGAUACGAACUCAUUCUCCCUGCGCACCCGCACUCGUUUUCGUCUCCAGUCGACGGCAGACGAGGUUAACAGCAUUAGACCUAAUAGCGUACCUAGCAGCAGAGGAUAACCCGAAGCAAUGGCUGCACAUGCAAGAGAUGGAAAUGGAAUUGAUUCUAUCGAACAUUCGAGACUCUAACCUCAAAUUGACUCUCGCGUUCGGCAUCGGCAUACAUCACGCUGGUCUGCACGAAAAGGACAGAACGACGGUCGAGGAGCUGUUCAUCAAUCAAAAAAUUCAGGUACUAAUAUGCACAGCAACAUUAGCUUGGGGUGUGAAUUUUCCCGCUCAUCUUGUCGUUAUCAAAGGGACAGAGUACUUUGAUGGGAAGCAGAAGAGGUAUGUUGAUAUGCCUAUCACUGAUGUACUACAGAUGAUGGGCAGAGCUGGAAGACCACAAUUUGACAACGAAGGUGUGGCAGUAGUGCUAGUCCAUGACCAAAAGAAGAAUUUCUAUAAGAAGUUCCUGUACGAACCGUUCCCGGUAGAAUCUAGCUUACUGCAAGUGCUCGCAGACCAUUUGAAUGCUGAGAUUGUAGCUGGCACAGUGCAUACGAAGCAAGAUAUUUUGGACUAUCUGACAUGGACUUACUUCUUCAGACGACUUCUGAAGAAUCCAACGUAUUACAACUUGGAGAGUUUGGAACCGCAAGAUGUUAACUACUAUUUGUCCAAUUUGGUCCAGACAUCACUGGACGCUCUAGUUAAUGCCGGUUGUGUGGAGAUUGAAGAGGACGAACGCACAAUACACAGCACUUGGAUGGGUAGAAUUGCCUCCUACUACUAUCUAUCGCACAAAACAAUGGCCCAUUUCACCCAGAACCUACGCAGCGAUCUCAACAUUGACGCGUUGCUUCGAGUGCUUUCGGAUAGUGAAGAAUACGCGACCUUACCUGUGCGACACAAUGAGGACGUUUUGAAUGGUGAACUGUCGCAAUUAUGUCGCUUACCAGUAGAUGCCCUAUCACUUGACUCUUCGCACGUGAAAGCAUUCCUACUCCUUCAAGCGCACUUGACACGAGUUCAGCUGCCCAACACAGAUUAUCUAACGGACACUAAGUCAGUGUUGGAUCAAACAAUUAGGAUAAUUCAGGCAAUGAUAGACACAUCGGCGGAAAACGGCUGGUUGUAUGUCUGUUUGUCCUGCCAGAUACUCAUGCAGUCUAUCAUCCAAGCCCGCUGGCCGGCCGACUCACCCUUAACCACCCUCCCUCAUAUAGAAUCGCAACAUCUCUAUAUGUUUACUCAAAUGGCCAAAGAUACAAAUAAACCUUGCACAAUGUUAAACGGAUUAAAAGUUGCUUGUAUCAGGAAAUAUGAGGUGCUAGCGAAAUAUUUGAGACGCGAAUUCGAGGAGAGUCACAUUGAGCAGAUCUAUAAGGUAAUAUGCGACCUGCCCACUGUAAAUAUUAAAAUCCUCGUCCGUGGACUGUGGUUUGAUUGUGAUCAUGAAGAGGAUAGACAUGUUAAGCAGCCGCCGAACAAGGAUCACUGGAUGCCGUUACACGCAGAUCAGGAGUACACAUUAGUUUUGGAAAUGCAACGGCAAGAUGGCAACAUCAAUACUGUGAUAUGUCCACGUUUCCCUCGCUCCAAGAACGAGGGCUGGUUCGUGACACUGGGUACUGUCGAGUAUGGUGAGCUACAUGCCCUGAAACGUGUCACUGCUAGAGGGAACUCCUUGGUCACUUUCUAUACACCUUCUCAAUCAGGUCGUAUUAUCUAUACAUUGUAUAUCAUGAGCGACAGUUACAUGGGGUUAGAUCAACAAUAUGAUCUUCAGUUCGAAAUCAUCGACCCUCUCCCCGCUGAAACUGUAGAAAAAGUGUAUGAUACAUCCAAUAAAGUUAUAAUUGAGUAA